AGAAACUUCAUAGUGAUAGAUAGAACAGUAGGUACAAUAAAUGAUUGAAGCGUGCAUUAAUCGUGUUUUUACGAUAAUAAGUAGUAAACAUUUGCUCAGUACAAACAACUCGGCUCGUUGUAAUAAUCGCUUUGCUUAAUUAAGCUGUGUUUAGUCUCGUUAUUGCAUUGGGUUCGAUUGCUACCUAUUUUCAACAAUGGCUCAAAACAAACAAGAACUUAAUGUUGUGACAUAUAUGUGUCCAAGUCAUCCCGUACAACUGUACGAAUUGAUACAAGAGUUACUUGAGGAUGCCUUGGGUUGUUACUAUUGUUACACUACCUUGCAAUAUGAAAGUAGAAGCCCGGGACCGUUACCGGAUCGUCCGGAUACUUUUUCAACUGGCAAAGCUGACUUGGCGUUCAUGACUGCAUCUGCGUACAUGAAAUUACGCGAAAAGGGAAACACUCACAUAGAUCUGCUUCCGGUAACGCCUGUUUUCGCACAUCAAAUGAACGUGGAAAAUAAACCUGGAUAUUUCUCAGACAUUAUCAUUCACAGUGAUAAAAAAGCUCAUAAUGUGAAUACGUUGCUAGAUCUCCGUGGUUGUACAUUUGCAUACAGUGACGAAGAAUCUCUGAGUGGAAGUAAAAUAGUUCUGAAAACGUUAAAAGAAAAGGGUGAAAACGCAUCUUUUUUUGGAUCAUUGCUAAGAUCUGGAUCACAUUUAGCAUCAGCUCAGAUGGUUCUGUCUAAACAAGCAGAAUGGGCUGCGGUUGAUUCAACAACUCUACUUUAUUCUAAAAACUAUAUGUUUGAUGGUGGAAAAGAUAUUAUCACUUUGGAAACAUUGGGCCGUUUGCCACCGUAUCCUAUUGUAGUAAAUGCAAAGUUAAGAGCUGAAACAAAAAAAGCGAUAUCAAAUGCACUGCUUAACUUGCCUCAGAAACCACAGUGGAAAAGUAAAUUCGCAAAAUUUGGUGUAAUCAAGUUUGAGGCUAAUAGCGAUGUCACUUACAAUGGGGCGCCUGCACAGGUGUGGGCCAUCCAGAACGAAAAACUCAAUGUUCGGUAUUAUUAGAGCAUUUCUAAUAAUUUCUUUACUGUAUAUUAUCUAUAUUUUAUAUACUGACUUCACUCCUAAAUAGGAACUAAUAAAUAAAAGUUAAUGAAUGAUA